GUUUGACAUAAAAACCCGUCAAUGCGCUUAGUGUAGGAUACCUCACAAACGACAAGACAAGCGUAAAAUGUUACUCGUAGUGGUGAUGUUUCUCACUGUGGUCACUGAUGCCACGAAUAUAUCGGUAUCUACCUACCAGCUUCAUGACCCCGUCACUGGCGUCACGCUGACAUGUAACCGUUGUCCUCCAGGACACCAUAUGCAGGCGCACUGCACGACGACAUAUGAUACCCAGUGUGUCCCGUGCAAGCCAAGACACUUCACCCAAUAUUGGAACUACCUGUCGAAAUGCCUGUACUGCAACAACUUCUGUGGGGAGAACGAAUUCGUCAAAAAGGAGUGCUCUCCCGAGAAUAACAGGCUCUGCGAGUGCAGAGAGGGCUAUUAUCACAAUCACGGCUUUUGUGUGAGACACAGGAAAUGUCCUUCUGGGCAAGGAGUGGAACGGGAAGGGAAUGCGCACAGGGACACGAUGUGUGCGAAGUGUUCGACCGGCACCUACUCCGCUACCAGCUCUGCGCACGAGCCCUGCAUUUCCCACAAUAAUUGCAAGGCUCUAGGUCUCCAAACCGUCGUCAAAGGCACAGUCUGGCACGACAACAUCUGCGCAUCUUGUGAGGACCUCAACGCUCGAGGUGCUUUUGAUUAUUUCAGAAAAAUCCUCCCAAACUUCUUUGCUCACCAGAGGAUAAAGCCAAAGAAAGCACAUAGAUUCAUGAGAAGGCUUCUAAUUCAGAGCAGGGGGGUGAGACUACGUGAGCACACUGGAGAUUUUGACAACUCAAACAUUCUGGAGAAUCACUUCAGGAAAUGGCUCAAAGAGGCCAGCAAGAAUAGGCUCAAGGAGCUCCCAGAAUUUCUCAGGAGAUUCAAACUUUUUAAUGUUGCCGAUAAACUUGAGAGAAAAAUGAAGCAAGUUGUGGAUGGUGCUAAACUGUGCAAAAUCACCACCUAGUCCUCCUCUUUGUAACAUACAUACCCAUUUAUAUAAUAUUAUAUUAGAUGGACUAAUGAAAUACAUUUUGAGAGGAUUUUACAAAAAGAAUGAA